CCGAUCAAUUUGUGGUAUACUUGUGUUUCUUAGUAGUUCAGUUGAGUUAUUGAAUAUCACCGAGUAGUAGAACUCGUAACAAUAAUCAACAUCUCAACAAUCUGUUCCGAUUUCGCAUCUUUCUGAUCUCGCGUCAGCGGAAACGUAGUUUUCGAAGUGUUCGGAGUACCACAGGGAUAGGAUUAGGUGUGUGCAGGUGAAUUAAAAAAUUUAACAACGGGAUUAAUAAUGAAUAAAAAAGUGAGAACAAUGUUUGUGCGGUUUGGUGUUUGGUUUAUAUUCUAGAGAUGGCGGGAUAUAGGUGUAAUGUAGUGUACGCCUCUAGCGGUGAGACCUUCGUGGAUUCAAACAUCCGCUACUGGUCUUGGAGCGCAGCUUGUAGCGCACCAUCCAUCCAUUUUGAAAGUAAAAAUAUUCCAUGACCGGGGAUUUUCGUCAAGAGACGAAUCGUAUUUUCAAAAAGAGUACGCUGGUACCGCGGCGUAACCGUGUAUAAAAUGAGUUAAAUAUAGGCGAGGGUCUCGGCGGAGACAGGUGGCAAGAGUGCGAGUAACCCGUUGAUCGAGUCUCGUAGGUGAAUUCCGCCAGGCGAAUCGAAUGGAUGCCAGUCGUAAGGGACGCCAUUUUGAUAUACGGUCGGGUACGUCAGGCAUCGUAGCCAGGGCCAGAAACGCGGUAAAGAAGGGUUCCCGUGCGCGCGGUCUUUCUGGCUUCGUGAGGGCUGUUUUUUCCAUUAUUCCGGUCAGUUUGGUGCCGCUUACCGAGUGCUAGGAAGGUGUUUAACCGUGCGUUCAGUGACAAGUGACAGGUGAAUCGAUGAUUACAAGUUCCGUAAUCGUGGCUUCCUAGUGGCGUACUGCCAGUGGAGUGAGUGAGAGUCGGUUUAACCGACCGAACUCGCGGACGGUACUCGAUAACGAGGUACGACGACGACGAGGGACGACGACGACUCUCCUGAUCGCCUUCGCCUUGCCUUUACUAUCCCUCACGUUACGUUUACGUUACGAUACACCUUGCGUUUUUACACAGUCUUUUAGUGGUUAACACAGCGCAACGUUUCUACUCGAGGGAAGGAAAGAGAUUGUUGGCUUCGGUUCGCAACUCGCAGCAUCCUUAAGCCAAACCUUACACCUCGCGUGUCGCGUGUGUCUUAUUCAUCUAUCUACUCGUGUCGCGUGUUUCUACAAGGGUUCGAGUUAUUAUUCAUUCCGUCGACCGGGUGUGUUGAACGCUACGACUCUAGGAGAAGAACGGAGACCUGAAAAAAGUUGAAGAGAAUAAAAAGGAAAAAAAGGACAGAGAGACAAGAAAAAAAAUAAUUUACCAAGUGUGCGUUUGGAUUUUCGGAGUUUGAACCUAAGUGACUGCUAAACGUAUAACAAACUCGUAAAUUAUUAUAUCGUUUUGCACGCGGAUUUGGCCCCUGCAUAUGUAUAGAUAUAUGUAUUAUAUCUCUCUCUUUCACUCCGGGUUUCUCACCAGCUCUCUCUCUCUCUCUCUCUCUUACUCCUCCUGAACCUCAUCCACGGCUCUGUUGGUAUCACGACAUGAUACAACUGCUGUAAAAAAGGUUCCGUUUUUGAAUAUCACUAUUCAAAAGGUGUUCUAUUUCCGGUUAGUUAAUUACAUUUUUUUUUCUCGUUGUUCAAAAACUCAGAUCAGUAACAUACACCUCGAUGUUUGCCAAGGUUCGAGAUUCGGUCUCGACCCUGUUAAAAAUCCCAAUUACCAUUACGGCCGCAUCUACUAAAACCUCAAAGAAAGGGGCUCGAAUAAUUACAAAUUUUAUCCAACUGGUGUUGUCGAAGAAACAUCAACCGACACAAAUACUUCCGUCCGAGGUUACUGAAACCCUGUCGUAAAUGCCCCCCCGCGGCACAUGUGCUCGCGUAAACCUAGCGCGAUCCUUAAUUAACACGCCCACGCGUUCCUUAACAUGGCCAAAUUCCUCAACAAGGACCCUGUCACCUAUCAGCGAGAGCGUGACGGGUUCAUCAAGGGACUCCAUCAUUUUCACGAAACUCGCGGAACGCCGUUCCGGAGACCACCAAAAAUCAGCGGGAAGGAGAUAGACUUGUAUCUACUUUACGUGUUGGUUACCGCUCACGGAGGAUGGAUCAAGGUAAACGCAAGAAACGAAUGGACGUCCCUCUGCGAGCAAUUUCACUUGCCCACCGGAUGCGUCAACAGCGGAGUAGGAUUAAAACAAAUAUACCUUAGGUACCUCGACAGGUAUGAAAAAGUCCACUUUCUCGGCGAAGAUGGGCAACAAGCGGACGAUGAGGAUGAGGAUUCAAGGCACCGGAAGUGGUCGGCUAGAGCGCUACAUUCCGUACCUUUGACCUACAAUCACCAUCAGCAUAACGUUGCCGAAUCUCUCCGGGACUACAAUGGUCUCUCCUCGGAUUUGUACAAGCCGUCUAAUUACGACAAACUCGCCCUUUCGCUACUCUCUCCACUGCCCAACGAACAAGACUUUGCGAUAAAUGUUUGCACGUUGUUAUCAAACGAGGGAAAACACUCGUUACGUCUUGACAAGUAUCCACGACUUGUUAAUAUACUUUUGGCACAUGCCGGGGUCUUCGACUCCCCCGGUACUAGGCAGCUCUUUAUUGAGGUCUACUCGCGAGUCAGAAAUUACUCCAUCAACUCUUUUUGGUCGGAUGUAAUCGACGGGCAGGAUGCCCUAGACCUUACAGAUGAGAGGGACUUCAUAAAGAAGGUCACUACUACCCCAAACACAUUCUCUAGACGGAAAAUACUGGAAAGAGAAAAACAAAACAAAAUAAUACAGGCGGAAAACGAAGAAAAUGUUACGCCGAUGGAAGUAGAAGAGAUAACAACGGAAUGCUCGCGGCUGGACACCGCGACACCCCAAAGAGAAGGGAUUGAAAGUUUUCUGGAUCAGAAUCAGAAUUCUAUCAAGUUCGACGAGGAAGACAAAGACUUGUUUUGUGUGGGUCGAACAUUAGGAACGCAGGACCCGUAUGGCCAGCGUGUACUUCAGAUAGCAUCAAUUUUGAGAAACUUGAGCUUCACGCCCGAGAACGUAUUGAUUUUAGGAAGAAAUAGAUGUUUCUUGAGAUUUGUCUUACUGUGCGUUCGAGCCAGGUGGAACAAUUUGCAUCAACUUGGGUUCGACAUGCUAGGAAACGUGGCAAAUGAGAUUCUCCUCAAAGAAGCUGGUCAGAAAAUAACUAACGUCAUGCUUUCCUGUGUAUCACGGGGCAUUGACUCAACCGAUAGAUUUAUUGUAAUAUCCUGCCUGGAGGUGCUCAAUAAAAUCAGUCAACAAGAUAGCAACGAAGAAAUCGUCACCCUAGGCCUGGACGAUAGCGCUUAUGAAAUCAUCUGCAGGUUCUUGGCCCUGAGUGACAUCGCAUUGCUCGUCUAUACGUUGGAGUGUCUCUAUGCUCUGACAUCUUUGGGUGAACGGCCAUGUACGAGCGUCGCGCGGGUCCGCGGGGCUAUAGACACACUUGUUGCUCUCGUUACGGUGGAGGCGCAAAGCUAUGGGCCAAAAGCUUGCAUCUUGAUGAGAGUUGUAGAAACGGUAUCAACUGUAACGGUCCCUACGACAGUUGGUGGACAGAAUAAUGCUGUUACACCUGUGGCACCUGCACAGGUCGUUGCUUCGUCGGUACCAGCUACGCCAGCUACAAUUACUGCCACAACUGCCCCUGUUAGUCCAGUUCCAUCAAGGCCUACUACUCCAGCUAGCGUUGUCAGCAAACAAACAGCGCAUAAAGCUAUAGAAGCCUCGAAUACGUUACAACAGCAGCAUGCUCAUCAGCAAAUUAUCCAAGAAAAUGAGCAGUUUGCUCUUAGUUGGUUGAAGGCUACCUUUGAACCUUCACCUGGUAUAAAAAUUGAGCAGGAGGAACUUUAUAAAAAAUACCUUGGGUGCUGCACCAAAAUUGGAAGGCGAGGUGUAAUCGCGCCCCUCCAUUUCCCCAGAUGUGUCAGAUCCGUAUUUGGUGGAAGCGUUGGACCAAAUCCAAUUAAAGGAGAAACAACUGGAACCCAGUACUAUGAAGGCAUCCGGAUUCGCUCCGUGCCAGUGACGGUGUCUUAUCCGAGCCAAACGUUAGCUGCAAGUAAUAUGAUUCAUCCCAUCCCAGCGAUCAACACAACUCCAGUAAAGGUGCUUCCCACACAACAGCGAACACUCAAGACCAUAAGCCCCUCUCCCGAUAGCUCGGCCCUAGAAAAUUCCAUAACCAGUGCACAGAGAACCCCAGCCCCUGCGUCUCCUAUCCUCAAAGCGCAGUUGUCUGCCCCACCAAAACCACCCUCUACGACCCCCAAUCAACCCCAGAAUCCAGUCACCAAGGUUGACUCCAAAAGUCAGGUGUCAGUGUCGCACCCCCACCUGAGUCAAGCCCUACUGGCCAGUGGUUCCCAAUCGCAACAACAUCAGCAAUCCCCAGUUCAAGUAGCAACAAAGGAUGAUCCUCGAAGCAGUGCAACUUCAAGUUCAAUAAUUAAAAGCCUCUUGGCUACAAAGGUAACGAUCAGCGGCGACUGCAUGCCCAGCGCCGCUGCCAGUUGUGUGUCCGCCCCUUCUGCCUGCGUAAUAAACACUACCGCUAGCAUCGCAUCCAGCAUCAGUGCCAACCAGCUAAUAACCAGCAACCAGGUUGCACAGCGCCAACAACAACAGAGGCUACUACAGGCACAAUUGACAGGAGUUAUCCAGCCUGCAGCCCCUGCAGCUACUCCAGCAGUAACGUCCCCUAAGAUAUUGUGCAACACUAAACAAAAGCCUGCGAUCGCUGUUACCCUUGCAAAAAAAUUCCAGAGGGUCAAUGGAGCCAAAGUCAUUGUACCCAACAAUUGUGACAAGACUGAAGUCAAUGACAUAGAAAAUGUGAAUCAAACUGUCACUUCAACUACAGUGAUUUCGAAUCCAACGGAAAAUCACACAUGCUCAACAAUCAAAGUCUGUCGACCACCACCAUUGGUUCCUCUCAGUGCAGGCAACAAAACGAAUCAUCGAACCGUCUGUACACCAUUGGCUGAAGAUUCGGACUCAACAAAUAAUUCGUUAGCUUCUAGUAGUGGUAUUGGAGGAAGUAGGGAUUGUUCGGGUGUUGGGGCUGAAGAAGAAAAUUCAUUCACUAGUUUCGAAGGAAUUUUACUGAAUGGUGGGCCAAGUAACUUGGAUAUCGAUGUUCAAGAUGAUGGAUCUUCCAAAGACUCGUCUAGUGUCAGCUCUAAGGACAAACCGCUCCAGAGUAUGAUGCUGGCAGAUCUGUUGGAAAGAAGAGUUGAUAAAGAACCUAUAAUGAACGGCGUUUUAGGGAAAAAUUCUAUAAAUGAGAAAGGAAUGGAUCUUGUCGAAAAUCACAUUGAAAAAGUAUUGAAAGAAUCUCCAACAGAUAUGAAAAUAAAGUCUGAACUAGAUGAGAAUAAUAUCAUCCAGUCUGAAGGCUCUGAAGAAACGCUCAGCGAAGCUCCAAGGGGUAUAAAACGGUCUGCCAGUGAACCUGAUGAAGUUGAAUCCAAAAAACCCAAGUAUUCGAAUGGCACAAGAUCUCCAGAUCCUACUGUCGAUUCAACCACUGCUGAAUCGACUGUAUCAAGUUUAAAAUCUGAAGAACAAGACGAUGAUAAAGAUAGUGAGAAGGCUACGGUUUCAUCUACAGCAGCAAACCUUUACGCGGCAUUAGCGGCAGAUUGCAUCGAAGACGAAACUGAUUUGGACGAUCAAACAACAAUAGUCAAAGAAGAACCGAUUUUGAAAGAGGAACCGCAAUUAUUCUUAAAUCAAGUUGAACCGCAACAUCCGAUACAGCACCAACAGCAACAAACACAAACGCAACAACAUCAUCAUCACCAUCAACCGCACCACCAACAACAACUCAUCGUUACAGCGCCAAGACAAAUAGUCGUUCAACAAGCAAUUCAAUCAAAUAAUCAGGUUAUCAUUCCGACUUCGGUGAAAGGCAGACAACCACAACAACCCCAAGUUUUAUUACAACAAAGUGCGGGAGGUCAGUUACAGUACGUGGUUUCCGGUGGUGUCCCAGGGCAGAACUAUGUUUUGGCUCAAUCUCAGACCGCACUGGUACAAGGUCAGGCUCAAACGGUCCUAGUGGCUCAAACAACACAGCAGCAAGGAACUGGCGCAAAAACUAUAAUUAUUUUGCAACCCCAAUCAACGGCACAACCCAGUUCCCAGAAAAUGGUAGCAGUAACACCUCAAGGACAGCAAGUUGUUGUAACGCAAGUUCCAAGACCUAUCCUUCAAAGUUCAGCCCUGAGCAAUGUUCCCCCACCUUUGGUACCGACCUCGUCAACAAUUCCCCAGGCUUCCAUUAUAGUAAAUAGUUCUGUUGCCCAAUCAAACACAAGCGGAGUUACCGUCACGAUACCUGCAAUGACUCAGCAAGGAUCUGUUACAACUAGUGUUCCAUCAAGAGUAGUUACUCCUACACCUGCUUCCACUCCUCCACCAACCAGGCCUACAACACCACACCAGGCUGCCGCGACCCAUGGGCCUGCCGUGAAGCAGCCUCUGAAGAUAACCAAGACUACGAGUUCCUCAACAUCGACAGAAAUUGAUUCCAGACCUUCGACAAGUCAACAGCAGACCGAGACCAAGACCAUCACCAUCAAAAUAGAUCCCAAUGCUUUUUUGUGCGAAUGGCGUGGUUGUUUAAGGCAAUUCAAAACGGCCCACGAGGUCUACCUUCACGUGUGUGAAGUUCAUUGUCCCAUUGGCGGUGAAGAGAUUGUGUGCUUGUGGGCAAGCUGCGAUGGACUGAAGAGGCGCAGAUUUUCACUGAUGACUCAUCUCUAUGAUAGACAUUGUAACUCAGAGACCAUGGCACUAAGAAGAAAACAGCUGACCGUUACUGGCAAGACUGAAAUCUCCACAUCAACACCUGCAACUCCUCAUCAUCCUGGUUAUGCACCCAAUGCAGCAUUUCAUGCGAUAAAAAGGCAUGCACUGGAAUUUGUUAAUCCCAAGGAAUUAAUGCAGAGGCCAUCCAAGCCCGCUGCAGCCACUUCGAGCACUUCUUCUCCCAGACCAGGGCAAAAUCCUCCACCGGAACAGGAUGACAAUGAAGGCCCAGUGACCAAAAGUAUUCGCCUGACGGCAGCUCUGAUUCUCAGAAACCUAGUCAUUUACUCCGCACAUGGGAGAAGGCAUCUCAGGGCAUAUGAACCUCAUCUAGCAGGAGUGGCGCUAAGCAAUGUUGAGUCAUCCAGAACAAUCGCACAGGUACUAUACGACAUGAAUGACCAGAGCAGCAGCAGUCACAGAUGACCUUUCAAACAGGGCCUCUAAAAUUUCUAACCCCUUGAGCUGCAUUGGAUUGAAAAAGACCACAAAGUCUUGUAUGAGGUAAGAGUGCAACAAAAAAACGAAGGAAACGAUUCAAAUUUGUGUCAAAGUAAGGAGAUUGUUAAAAGCAAAGUUUAAAAGAAAGUGGACUUAUGUGCAAAUCUGAACAAAUAAUACAUAUAGCGAUGUUUUGCGUAUGAAAGAGGCCUAUAAACUUAUUAGGCAAGAAUCAUUGCCGACUUAGAUAUUAGGGAAUUAAAAAAAAAUAAAUAAAAAAUAAACUAAAACUAGUGACGUGAAACGAAGACAGCAGUAUAGGUGAUCCAGAACAGUGAUAACGAACAAGAUAAUAUUUCAGAUUUAAUAUUAAUAUUUAUUUUCUCAACAAACGGAAAAAUGUUUUUAGUAAACGUGUACAAAAAAAAAGAAAAAACAAGGCGAAGAAAAUACUUUAUAGACGUUACAGUUAAUUGUAAUCAUUAUUAUUAUUGUACGAAGUAUGGUUUUUUCAUAAGUCGUCAAGAAUUUAGAAUGUGAAGAACUUUUUAUUCAAUGUAUUUGUUAGGAAUUUAUUAUUUUUGCUUAAGAUUGCAUAUUGCAAUCACAUGGCUAUAUUACUGUCUCUCUUGUUUUAUUAAUGAAUAAUCUUAUACUGAAAGUUAUUAAGGCUACAAAAACACGUGCGUAAGUGAAUUCGUCGUUAGAACAAACAUAUUUCACCUCAAAAUACACUAAUUAUCACUUCACUUCUCUGCAUCCGUGCGUUGUAUUAAAUAUUAUUAACAUUUACAAUGUCCAUCUUAUUCGUUCUAAGGACUGUGACUACAUUAACGGCAGCUCCGUUAUAAGCAUCCUAACCCAUCAUAUUAUUUAUAAAGUGAAACUAAAUGUAUUGCUUAGAAAUACGAUCAAACCGUUGUUAUUGCUGUAUGCAAAUUAUCAAAGUUCAUCCUAAUCGUAACAGGCAACGGUUUCUAUCACAUUUACACAUAAGUAUGAAUGGCGUGCGCUUUUUCUUGUACUCAUCCCGUUUAAGUCCGAUGUUAACGAGUCUACAAACACUUUGAGUUGGCCCACUUUUCGCAAGGCAGCUCAACAAGCAAUUUCAUAAUCUAGAAACCAUUAAACCAUUUUCUCGGUCCACUCACAGUUCAUUGAAUUGAUAUCAAUAAUUCAGCUGCUUCCUAUAUUAGUUCUCAUUAAGUAAUAACUUUUUUCAACAAGGAGAUGGAAGGCGCAUCAGACGGUAUUAGAUAUUUUGGGUAAAAAAUCAUGUGGUAACGAAGUAUUGGAUGAUAAAUUUUGAUAUUACGUACGAUUUGGCGAAAUUUAGAACAGAUCAUAUCUGUGUCAUAUUAUUAAAUUAUUAAAUUGCGGCUUCGCUUUUUUUUUCCUUUUUUUUUCUUCGUGGGUAAUCGAAAGGCAAACAAUUCAUUUCGUGAUUCUGCCUAUCACGAAUCUAUGUAAUUGGCAAAUCAAUAGUUACGCUACAAGGUUACACAUGCAAAGUCCUCAUUCUCUUUGCCUUGUAUUGCAUUUAAGUAAUUUAUUCAAUUACAAUAAUCUCCCAUUGACAGAAAAACUAGAUGGCGGGUAAGAUAAAAUGAAAAAUAUAUAAACAUACUUGUAAAUAAUCGCUGUAUUUCACUAACGACGUUACACGACAACCGCUGUGUAAAUUUUUAGAAGUUGUAAGUUCAACGUCUGAAAAACUGAAGUAAAAUUUCUGUAUUAUAGUAUGUAUGACAAGACGUAGAAGUUGCAAGGAAAAGAUUUUGUAAUUAUUUAAACCGAACGAAGUUAAAAAGGCUGGGUCAGUAUUAAAAAACAGCCGAUUAAGAAUACCUAAGUACAUAAAGUAUAAUAAUGGACCCUGUGCAAGCCUCGAUCUUGUAUUUUAUAAAUAUAUACGAAUCAAGUUUAUUAGCUGAACGUUUAGGAGGGUGAAAAUCUUGCAAGAGGCUUUUUAUUUUUAUUAUUUGUAAUUACCUAGUUUAAAUGUUUCAACGUUUGGUACGAUCAUGAGAAGAUAAAUAAAGAACUGUGUAAAGGAAUGAAAUGACGAUGUAAUAAAUGAAUUAAAUAAUUAUA